GAGAUUUAGCUCUCCGUCCCUUUUCUCGGCCGGGUCAGCGACAUGAGGAUGAAGUAUGUUCGCGAGGGCGACGACGAUAUCGAUAUCGCGACGCUCCUGUUGCCAGAGAAACUCGGCACUCGAGCUAUACAGUGUAAAUACUCGCGAAGGUCGAGCAGGUAGGAUGUCGAGACGGGAAGGAUUACGCGAGGACGAACCGUCCUGGCGUCGCAGAACGUACGAACGUCACCGUUCCAGAGUAAAGACAGCCAAACCGACAGUGGACGUGAAUCCACCGGAGGACAGACCUCAUGUCUUCUUCAACGCGAAGAAAUCGCAACUGGAGCGCGAACGACAGGCUCGAAUCUUGCGGGACAAUUUUAUUUUGUUGAAGAAACUCCGCGAAAUUAUGCAUCGAAAGCGACAAAACGUCGCGGAGGACAUACAUCGUGUCCAAUGGCAGGAGUCCAGAUGCGUGAGGACUCGUUGAAGAAGAAAAACAUCGAGGAGGACGUGUCUCGAUCGUAAAUUAUAUAUGUCCUCUAUUUAUAUCUCUUUGUAACACCAAGGUGUUAU